AUGUCAGAACUUCGUGACAAUGCUCGAAGACUUAAAACCCCUCCACCGCGUCCGCCAACUGAUUUGGAGCUAACUCCAGAGCAGGUGAAGCGAAUAGAGAUAAACAGACUUAAAGCGAAGGCUAAGCAGCGGGAUCGUGAACUCGAAGCAUCAAGCUCAUCCACUCCUAAUGCUAACAACAAGCGGCCUUUAACCGUCAUCUCUGCGUCCUCGAGCUCGCCAACGGCUCCUAAAUCUGAGCCAAAGCUGAAGCGUGAUUCGCGUCUCGGGAAGUACUUUGAGUAUGAUCUGUCCAAGAUGGUCAACUCGAAAGGCGGGUUCCUGGUCGAAAAUGACAAGGAAGUCGAUGGCGAGCUAAGAGCGAAAGAAAAGGAGCGCGAGAGGGAAAGGGCUAUGCAGAGCUUGGAUCCUCCUAUAUUCUUGGAUCCCAAUCUCAACCCGAAAUGUCAAGAAUGUCAAUCGCUAGACAUAGACCAGACAUUCAAGAAGGUCUUCGGUUGCUUGGUUUGUAACAGUUGUAAGAAUGCAAAGCCUGAGAGGUAUAGUCUUCUGACGAAGACGGAGUGCAAAGAGGACUAUCUCUUGACGGACGGUAAGGUCUGCUGGUUUCUUGCGGAGCUACGUGAUCAAGAAGCCAUGCCGCAUCUGCUUAAAGCGAAUCCGCACAAGUCGACAUUUGCGAACAUGAUGUUAUUCCUGCGAUAUCAAGUGGAGGAGUUUGCCUGGAAAAAGUGGGGCUCUCCAGAAGCCUUAGAUGCCGAGUAUGAACGGCGAGCAGCGGAGAAGAAGAAGAAGAAGAAUAAGAAAUUUGAGGCAGGGUUGAAGGAGCUUCGAAGGCGGACACGAGAGACUGUAUGGCAGAAGAGACAAGACCAGGAGCAUAAGCAUGUCUUCGGUGUUGUAGAGAAAGGGCGAGACGGUGUUGGCAAACAAGUAAACGACGGACAAGAGGAGCAUGAACAGAUCGCGACAUCUUUGGAGGUAGAGCAGUUGGACACGAACCUGUUUCGCUCCAAGUCUCUCUGGCUCCCGGUUCGUUCUAGAGGUGUCUACGGAGGGCAAGUGAUAUCGCAAGCGCUCGUGUCUGCUACGCAGUGCGUGGAUCCGGCAUAUUCGCUGCAUUGUUACUUCCUGCUCAGCGCAUCUCCGGCUGUUCCUAUCGUGUACCAUGUAGGACGAGCGCGAGAUGGUCGCUCCUACGCUACGCGGACUGUCAAGGCGAAACAGCGCGGGCGGACUGUUUUUGUGAUGCUAUGUUCCUUCCAGCGUCCUGAGCCAGGCCAGCCGUUCCAUCAGCAACCCAUGCCCCCGAACGUCCCCAGCCCGGAUGCAUGCGACGACGUUGAAGGAUACUACGAACGGAUGCUUCGGUAUGAGGGUCUCGAGCCAAGGCUGAAGCAAUAUGCAGAAGAGUAUAUUGAGGAACGUAGAAGAAGCCCCAUAGCAGUGAAGGCCGCUGGCCGCAUCAAUACGUCCGACGGGGCGCUGGUGUACAUGUGGUGGUUCAAGGCGAGGAACAUCCCGAAAUACGACGCUCCGUUCCAGAAGUGCAUUCUGGCAUACAUAUCAGACUCCCAGUUCAUCGGCGUCGUCCGCCGUACGCUUGGUCUGAAUGGUCACUAUGAGGGACCGAAACAAUUGGUGAUCGAUUCAUUUGAUUGCGGGGACUGGCUGCUAUACGUCGUGGAAUCUCCUCGCUCAGGUAACGGACGCGGGGUUGUGCAUGGUCGGUUAUAUACCCGCAGUGGUACGUUGGUCGCAGUGACUUCACAGGAAGGUGUAGUUCGUGCGCGCGGUAACGCACCUGCGAAGACCAGUGAUGACGUCAAAGCAAAGCUUUAG